AUGUCUCUUCACGAGAAAUCUCAGUCCAUUGAUCACGUUGAACAGAAUGAGAAAGAAUGGAGUCACACCCAAGGCAAGGAGGGUGCCGACAUUGACCGCAAUAUGUCUUUGCGGGAAGCCAUCAAAGCUUACCCCGGAGCCAUAGCAUGGUCUUUCUUCCUGUCGUCCUCUAUCAUCAUGGAAGGCUAUGACAUUGUCCUCAUUGGCAACCUCAUGGCCCAGCCUGCUUUCCAGAAAGCUUAUGGUGAUUGGUACGGCGACAAACUCGGCUACCAGAUUUCUGGACCGUGGCAAUCUGGCCUUGGAAACGCUACCGCUGUGGGAACUAUUAUUGGAGCUUUUGCGAACGGAUGGCUCACCCAGCGAUUUGGAUACCGUCGCACUCUUGUCGCCUCUCUUAUUGCUGUCACUGGCUUUAUCUUCAUCACCUUCUUCGCCCACAAUCUCCCCAUGCUCCUCGCUGGAUCUCUUCUCUGUGGUCUCCCAUGGGGUGUUUUCGCAACUAUGGCUCCUGCCUACGCCUCAGAGAUCUGUCCAAUGGCUCUCAGGGGUUAUCUCGCCAACUACGUUUGUCUCUGCUGGGCCCUCGGACAGCUUCUUGCAGCUGGAGUCUUGUUCAGCUUCUCUGGAGGAACCACCCAAUGGUCUUACCGUAUCCCCUUCGCGAUUCAGUGGAUCUGGCCCAUUCCUCUCAUCCUUAUUCUCUGGUUCACUCCAGAAUCUCCCUAUUGGCUUGCAAAGCAUAAUCGUCUCGACGAAGCGAAGAAUGUCCUACGGCGAAUCUCAGCCAAGAGCAGCAAGACUGACGAGGACCUCGACAAGCAACUUGCAAUGAUUGUUCACACCAACAAGAUCGAAAGCGAGCACACUCAAGGGUCCAGUUAUCUCGACUGCUUCAAGGGCAUCAAUCUUCGUCGAACUGAGAUUGUUUCUUUUGUGUUUGUCGCUCAGAACACCACAGGCGUUGGCAUUGGCGGAACACCCACAUACUUCUUUGUCCAAGCAGGCGUAGAUCCACGCAACUCAUUCAAGUUCGCAACAGGUGCCCUUGGUCUCGCUUCCGUUGGAGUCAUUCUCUCCUGGUUCCUUAUCUACCGCAUCGGCAGACGAGCACUCUAUGUUUGGUCCUGCGCAGCUUGCACGUUACUCAUGCUGCUCAUCGGUAUUCUUGCCAGCCUCCCACAGACUCAGGCUGUGAGCUUUGGUCAAGCUGCUAUUGUCCUUGUCUGGGAAGUUGUCUUCUACGCUACUAUCGGACCUGUGUGCUAUGCCAUUAUUGGCGAGAUUCCGGCGGUUGGUGUUCGCAGUAAGAGUAUCUGCAUUGCUCGAAUCGCGUAUUAUAUCUCUCAGAUACUGAAUGGUACGUAUGGACCGUACAUGAUCAACCCGACUGAGGGUGACUGGAAGGGCAAGGUUGGCUAUUUCUGGGCUGGACUUUCUCUGUUGACCUUUAUUUGGGCAUACUUUCGCCUUCCCGAGACCAAGGGCCGCACCUUUGAAGAAAUCGAUAUUCUUUUCGCAAACAAGACUUCAGCCAGGCACUUCGCUGAUACAAAGGUUGACGCGUAUGCAGAUGACUCCGAGGGUCGUAUUAUAAAAGAUACUGAUGUUUGA